UCAACCCUUUCGAGAUUCUUUCAGUUUCACAUGCAGGAAGUGGGUUUCUUUUCUAACCACAAGGGGUAAAAUAUUUUGUCUGUAUUGUGGUAGUGCCUGAUUUAGGACAUACUGUAAGUUUCUACCAACCUUCUACUAUCAAACCUGUAACUUGACACUUUGAGAAAGAACCCAUGGCGACUGCUGCAACAGAAACGGAUCAUGUGAAGAUCAUAUUGCUGGGUGGACGUUGGGCAGGAAAAAGUUCCUCUGGAAACACUAUCCUGAAUAAGGAGGUGUUUGGAAUCGGUGAACAAACAGAAGUCUGUGUGAUGGAAAAAAGCAAAAUUGCAGGCAUGCAUGUCACCGUGGUCGAUACGCCAAGUUGGAACUGGGUUCCUGCAGAAGCCUCUUCAGAUGAACUUAAGCAGGAACUCAAGCGCAGUGUUGAAAUGCUUGGUGAAGGACCCCAUGCUUUUCUACUGGUUUAUCCAUUAGGGGCUGCGUUUCUGAAGAGACACAAAAUUGCCGUGGAAGAGCACUUGGAGCUUUUGGGUGCUGAUGUCUGGAACCACACUAUGGUCUUGUUCUCUCGUGGAGAUUGGUUAGGAGAGGUCACUAUUGAGCAGCAUAUCGAGGGGGCAAAAGCAGAAUUCAAGUGGUUGUUAGAUCAGUGUAAGAAUAGGUAUCAUGUUCUCAAUAAUAAGGUGAAGACUGAUGAGAUGCAGGUCAUUGAACUCCUGGAGAAGCUCCAAAGGAUGAUUCGAGGAAAAAGAAAGUGGAGCAGGGAAGAACCACCUUUGAUGGCUGGAGAAACUCCUGCUACGGCUGAAUAUGGAGAACCCUCAGGCACUCAGAAGAAACUGAAAUGAAUCUGACAGGAUGCAACGGGCGAUAUUUAUUAAUUUAUUAUUAAGGUGUCUUUUUUUUUCUAUUGCUUUUAGACCUUUUGGUCAGAUUAUAUAUUUUUAACAGGUUUUUUUUUUCUUUUCUUUUCUGUAAACUUUGCUAUACUGUAUGAAAUACUAUACUAUAUUCAUAGAAGACCAAGAAUGACCUCUCUGCUCACUAACUCAGGGUGGUGUUGCACUUUCCGAGCUGACUUAAGUUGAACAUUGGGGAACUUAAUUACGCAGUGUUACCUUUGUUUUAUGUCAACAGAAAUGUUUGUCACUUAAAAUGACAGAUUUCAUCUACUGGAAUAACCGUCGAUACAUGUUUAUGUAGGUUGUUAUAAAAUCAGUUGUCAUAAAUGAUCAUUGUAGGUCAAUCCUAAGUAAAAAUCUACCACGUGCAUGUUAAUAUUAAUACUGUAUCAAGGUGUAGGGUGUUAAGCAUUGCGAGAGUGAUCCAAGUAAACUUCAUCACUGACUGUAAUUCCUGUUCAUACUGACUUGUUAAACAAUUAUCUAGAUGCUCUGUUUAUAAUUUAAUUUGCCUUCGUACAAAUGACAUUUGACCAAUUUACACGUAAAAUUCGUGACACUUUGCCUCAUAAACGAUAACUCUCGGGCAGGGUAAUGGUGGUAAAUUAUGUCCACCGAGCAUUUUGGACACAAAGACCACCACGUACAGCUAGGCAUAAAGCUAACAGAGUAAUUUCCAAUCGAAGUAACUGUAAUGUUGGGCAACAUAAGAAGAUCAAUAUACAGUAUUGGUACACAUUCAGUCUACCUUAAAGAUAAAGCCCACUCUGAAACAUAUUAAAUAUGUUUAUAUUGAAAUAUUUGCAAGAAGCUUAUCGAUUCUGGUGCUAAUCUGUUGGUUGGGUACUGUAUUUUCCUUAUUCCCGUGAGAAGUUAUUGUUUGUCUGCUGGACUGACAGCACAGGGGGAUAUUAUUAUUGCUAGUGCAGUUAAAAUUGUGUUUAAUGCGGAAAGAAAUGUCCAGGACUAAAUGGCUAUCUAACAGUAUUUGUUUACUUUAGUGAUGGCAUGUUUUUUUUAAAAAAAAUGCUUUUUAAUUAUUAUUCUUUUUAUUUUACAAUCACUAGUAUUUUAAGGAAUGCAGAAGUUGGGACAGAAUUCGCCUUUGUCCCUAUGUAUCCCUAUUUAUCUAUCUCAGGCUUUAGAAUUGUACUGUAUAUUUAACUGUAUACAUUUUGUGGGCAAAAGUUUGUGGACACCUGUCAAUCAGACCCAUAUGUGGUUCUUGAAUGGACCAACUCCAUGUUAAUGCCCCUGGCUUUGGAAUGAGAGGUUCAACAAGCACAUAGGGGGGGUGGUCAGGUAUCCACAUACAUUUGGCAAUAUUAAGUAUAUAAAAAUGAGCAUGCCAUCAAAUUCUGAAUUUCUCCUUGAACAUACAAGCACAAACAGUGUAUAAAGAUCCUGACAUCUACUGUAUAUGAAAGGAUCCAAAUAUUGCGCAAACGUGUCACUUUCUCUGCACUUUUGUUGAUUUGUGUUGAUUUAAUUUGAUAAUUAUAUAUCCAUGCAAUAAAUUUUUUUUUUUCACCCAG